CAGAGGUGUCCCUGAACGUCUCAGGACUGUGCGCGCUCCUGUCCAGGAUACGCGAGAGUGCGCGCGUGCUGGAGAUGAAACCUGAAGAAGCUGAGGACAGUUUGGAGUAAAACUAAUCUCAUCCAGACUCAGAGGACACACACAAACCUCAGGACGGAUCUGAACUCACCCUGACUAAACAUGAAGAUGUUGCUGCUGCCUCUUCUCAUCACUUUAAUGCACAGUCCUGUCUGUCUGUCAGUGACAGUAAGCAGCAGUAAACCCAAUGUGGAGGUCCACGAGCACACGGAUGCUGUGCUCUCCUGUGAGUUCAGGACAGAGAAAGAUCAGAGCCCUCGAAUCGAGUGGAAGAAGAAAGGAAAGGGGGUGACGUUUGUGUACUUUAACCACAAAUUUACCGGGUCUUAUGCAGGACGGGCAAAGAUGGAGGGAGCGACUCUGACAAUACACUCGGUUAAUCAGAAAGACUCUGGGGAAUACCGCUGUGAGGUGACGGCCAGCGAAGACCACGUCAACCUCGGGGAAGCUACUGUAACCCUCAAUGUGCUCGUGCCUCCUCAUGUCCCGUUCUGCGAUGUGCCGAGCUCUGUGUUUGUUGGCUCAGGCCUGGAGCUUCUCUGUAAGGACAAGCUCAGUGUGCCUCCUGCCACUUACCGCUGGUACAAAGACAACAAGGCUCUGAUGGCCACAGAAGAUACUCCAUACAACGUUGACUCAAACAAGGGCACUCUGAAGUUUAAGAGUGUGUCCAAAACAGACACAGGGUUGUACCGCUGUGAGUCCUCAAACAACGUGGGGGCGCCCAAGAGCUGUGUGGCCCAAAAGCUGAAAGUUAUUGAAUAUCCUUUGAAUAUGACGAUUAUGAUAGCAGGUGCUGCAGGUUUUCUGACGCUCAUCCUUUUGUGCUGCAUCUGUGUGUGUGUCUGCCGACACCGAGGCUGCUGCAAGAAGGAGAAGAAAACAAAAAGCACCAAGUCCUACAACCCUCCUCCUCCUCCUCCCAUCCGCAACAUCAAGCACUACAAGCAAGCUCACUCCUUCAUGAUCUGAGGGUGUAACACUCUCGCUUUGACUUCAAACCAUCCAGGAAGUAUACACUUAUUCUCCAACACACUGGAAAGUUACUCGACCGUCCAUUUGCUUUUAGACGGCUGCUUUCUGGGAUGGACAGAUUUUCAGAUAUUAAGCAAAAACAAAGAUUUGGAAAAAAACCUUGUUGCUUCCUAAACUAGGAUUUAUGUGUUGUUAGUUUGUAAGUGGGCUCCUACUUUCAUAUCUACGACAAAGUAGCCUACUGUAAAUUCAGGGUUCAACUCAGCUCUCUCAAACACCAUGAAUUAUGCUUCAUUAUCAUAUUUUUCUUGUGUUUCAAGAAAUUCAAAACAUAUUUUUUUAAAGCUAUUUUUCCAACUUCUGUCAGACUUUCGGGGCCAAGGUCAGCGCUUCAGUCUAAGUUUUAACUCUCUUACGCCACCUAUAGGCAAUUAACUGUUGUUCAUCCACACUGAUAAUGGCAAAUACUGUAUAUAUUUAUCCUCUUUAUAUCCUUUCAUUUAUAUUUAGAUGCAGAGAUGUUGUUUUAUUUGACGUUAUUUUUUUUUUGUCAUUUUUAUAUAUUUUUUAAAAGCAUGUUUGUGUGUUAGUAUAACUGUUUAAUCUUUGGCUGUAUAAAUUCAAAUAACGAGAAUUGAGUGACAAAUGAACGGGUGUCUGCACACACUGAACGGUGCUUUUGAUGAGUUUAUAUCUUGUUCAAUAAAAAAAGAUGGAAAAAUA